AACGCUUUGGUGGGCCGGCCAGGCCUGGAUUGUGCGACAGUCAAGUUGACCCGCGCCGGGAACCAUCGAAACAGGCCAGACCACCCGGAACAAAAACACCGUCGGACGAAUGAUUGGUUUCAAUCCAAAUUUGCAAGCGGGCUGUUAGCUUCGCCCUCAUGCGUCUUUUAAAGCCCCAGCUCUGAGGGGAAGAAAGGGGGAGAUAGAGGCGGAAGGUAGUAGAAUCGCUUCCAUAGGUCUAACAUCUUCUGCUUCCCCGGGUGGAGCGGGAAAACAGGAUGGAAGAUGUCUCCAAAGGAGACUGUACGCGCCUUCCCGCUCCCUGCCCUGCGCCUCCUCGUCUCGCCGAUGCGGCUGGUCUCAGCGGCGGCCUGGCAGACCCUCCAGCGGAAGGUUGUGGCCGACUACGGGAUGCUCGAGGAGUUUGUUUCCGUGGUCACAGACAUUGUGCCAGGGCUGCUCACCACCCGCCAGAGGGCCCAACUUAUCCUGGGCCUCAGAGCACGGCUUAUCCUGGAGUUGUGUCAGUUUGAAGCUUCUGCGGACUCCGAGACUCUUCAGCCACACCUGGACAGGAUGCAGACCCUUAUCGAGGCUUGGGUAAAGGAGGCCGGUGCUACCAAUGUGGAAGUGCCAAACCCAAACUUUGUAGAUCUGGUUAAGAACAUGUUGGAAAAUCCUGACAGGAGGGAAAACUUCUUUCAGAAAGUUUUCCCUGAAGAGUUUGGCCCCACGUUUGAUGAAGCCCUUCACACCUUGAUGUGGCUGCUUCUGUCCAGACUUGAAAAGUUUCUUCCUCUUCAAACUUUCCAAGAGGUUGCCUCAAUGUUUGACGAGGUGUCCUCUGUGCUGGAGGACUGCAUGGAGUCUGUCUCUCAGUGUCAGGAGCUCAGAACCGUGCUGCACCAUCAAAAAGACCUCAGCCGGCUGGAUGACAAUGAUGGUUCCUUGGAGGGUGCCUGCAUUAUUUCAGCUCUCAAGCUUCCCUCUAUAAAAAGACCUGAGUCACAUAAAAAACAAGCACAAGACAACACCUUGGAUUAUGUGCUAUCACGCGCGUCAGAUUUGGAGAGGGAACCUCUAACAUUGCCUCAUGCAACACCGAUAAAGACUGACACAAUCACCGAGCGUCGGACAAGCGAGAUAAAGACUGACAGAACUAAUUGGGCCCCCGGGGAAAAUGGAACAGGGUGGGUUUUCGGAGAUAUUACAAGACAUGAAGAAUACGUAGGCCCCCUUCAAAGUCGAGUGGAGGAUGCAUCUUGCCUUCUAAAACAAUGCUGUGUUCAGCUAGAAAGACUUGACAUGCCGCUGUCUUCGCAGUCUCGACCUGUGAGACGCAACAGAGGCCUGAAGAUGAAAAAGAUUCUGCUAAAAGAGAAAAGAGGGCUCCGUGAAGAGGCCCCCCCUGCCUGCAAACCUGCUUCUAGGAAAACAAAACCGUCCAACAGGGCUCCCCCAGAGGUCUCUGACAAUGAGGAUUCAAGCAGCUUCAGCAAAGACUCCUCAUACAUGGCUCCUAUCAGUAAUUGCAGUGAAGAUGAUUCAUGGUCUUACUACUCAGAUGAGGGCUCUUGCUAUAAGACUCCUAGCAGCAGUCCCAGUAUGGCUGACUCAUGGUCUAACUACUCAGGUGCUGCCUCUUCCUUGGUGAGUCCUGUCACUAGCCCCACUGAAUAUGACUCAUUGUCUAGCUCCUCAAAUGAGGACCCUCCUUACACGGGUCCUAACAUUGUGUCAGCUACUGGCAGAAAGCCGGGCAUCUCUGACAUCACAGCUAGCACUCCAAAAACGAUUUGUAAAAUUUACUGCUUUAUCUGCAAGGAGCAUGUAAAUACAAGCCUGAGAACUCACAUGAAAACCCACUUUCCCGCUGGUGAUUACGCCUGCCCUCGUUGCGACAGCAGAUUUAAACUCUUCACAUCUUUUAAGAUGCACUUGCGUAGAACCUGCUAUGAGUACGGCAAGCAGCAGGUGGAUCCGGAGAAGCCGGACGAAGCCGGGAGUCUUUUCAAAUGUGACAAAUGCCAAGAGGCAUUCAGGUACAAAGUUUCCCUGGACAGGCACAAACUAACCCACAACGAUCUGUACUGCAGCGUGUGUAGGAAGGUGUUACGAGACACCGCAACGUUGGCAAGGCACAAGGCUUCACACACCCUGUUUAAGUGUACGCGGUGCGAGGAGACUUUCACUCUUUUUAUGCCCUUGCUCAGACAUUGCGAAAACCUCCAUAAAAUCAGCAGACCGUUUAAAUGCAACCAUUGUCCGAAAACUUUACCCAAGCUCCGCUUUCUAAUCCUACAUGAAUGGACACAUACGGGUCACCUACCGUUCCAGUGCGCUCAGUGCAGCUGCAGAUUCAAAUCCGAUGCAGAUCUGAUUUAUCAUGAACGAGUCCACACAAAAGAGAAACCCUACCUAUGUGCGGAGUGUGGCAAGACUUUCUCCCAGAAUUCCAACCUGCUGCGGCACUUGAAUCUCAUUCACGGUGAGUUUCGAAAUGAGAAGAAGCACUCUUGCUCCCAGUGUGAGAAAUCCUUCAAAGAGAAAGGAGCCCUGAAAAAACACCAGAGGAGCAAACACUUAAAUGAGCUGUUCCGUCAUCCGUGCCCGUACUGUGGAAAGAUGGUGUCUGCGACAACACUCGCGAGACAUAAAUUAAUUCAUACGGGAGAGAGACCUUUCAAAUGCACUGUGCCUGAAUGUGACAAGUACUUCAGGUCAACGUCCGAAGUGAAGAAGCAUGUCCUUAUACAACAUACUACAGAGAGACCGUAUAAAUGUGAUGUCUGUGGAAAAGGCUUCAUAAAAAUGUGUUUUCUCAACGCACAUGCUAAAAUACACUCAGGAGAAAAGCCAUUUGUUUGCCAUAUCUGCGGAAAGGCUUUCCCCAAGCUCUACAGCAUGCAGAGACACAAAAAGCUUAUACAUACAUUUGUAACACAUUAACGCCACAUGGUAGGCAUGCUCAAUUAAACAGUGGUAUGCCAAGAACAUCGCUUUUCAACCUGCAUACGUUUUGAGACAACCAUUCAUGGUGUUUUCGAUGGAUGCCAGACUGAGCCAUGCUGGACCAGUUACUACCUUCAUAUGUUGUAUAAAACUGCAUUAAAGGAGUAUUCCACAGACUUAGCUUUGCACUCUUAUAACAUUGUUGGACUUACGACAGACGGUAUCGAAAUCGAUGCAGCAGAACUAGAGAUACCAUCUUUUUUUAUUUCACACAUUUGUCUUCCUUGUUUAAAAACUAGCGCCCACAUUACCCACGAUGGAACCUCCAGACAGCUUGGUUGGAGAUGUGGGUAGUUAGGCGUGGAGUUAGAAAGGAGUGAGCUCCUCAGACCACUGUAACCUGCUCCUCGUCUCUGACUGAGGCUAGCAGCUCAUGGCUACAUUAGCCACUACUAGCAUCAAACAACCAAAUCUCUGACCAAACUACCAGCACUAAAGUCGAGCCUUGGGUAACGUAGUCAAGGGCAAAGGAUGUGUGGAAUUUUAAAAAAAAAGGUGAUAUUUGCAGUUCUUCUGCAUCACUUUUGAUCAUUUUAAUCCAUUGCAUAUCUGAUAAUGUGAUAGGAGUGCGGUGCUCAAAUGGGGUAUUCUUAAGCAUUAGAUCAGUCAACUUUGUUUAUGGAAAACUGACUUUCUUUAGCUUUCUCCAGGACAUGUCACAGAAUACGUCUGUCUUCAUUAGCUCAACCUUGUUUUUUUUCUGUUGUGCUACGUUUUGCCAUGCUUCUUUUUCUAAAAAUGUAUAAUAUAAAGUGCAUAGUACCCUUCUCCUUCUCUGGUCAUCUUUUUGGACAACAUUCAGUCAUAUUGAAUUUAUUAUGAAUGUGUUCUGUUUAAUACACAGUUAAAAUAUACUUAAAUAAUAAAAUGGAAACAAAAAAGGAAAGAAUAUGGCUCGACUAGAUCUGGCAGGCUGUUUUCAAAAAAACUGAGUUUCUGCAUUUUUUAUAUUUAUGGGAUUUCUAAUAGUUGGCUUAACUUUCACUUAGACCUAAAAGUAUUUUUACUUGUGUGAGAUCUGUGUGUCAGUAAUAUUGCCAAAAUUCAUAUGGCAUUUGUCAUAUAAAUCUGACAGAGUAGGUCACAUGAUU